AUGGUGGCGCCGUUGUGCUUGGUCGGACGCUUGACGGUCGUGGGGUUACUGUACUUGAUCGCUCGUAACCGUGGCGUGUACGCUGCAUGUGCUGGCGGCCCAACGACUCUAACGACUGCGGACUGUACAGGCUGUGGGGACUACGAUCUGUGUGUGGGUUACAUGUCCGCUUCGAGCUGCUCAGGCUCUGGCUGUGAGACGGACGGAGUCUGCACGUACAAGUGCAUGCGUGUGGAUAAAAACUCGGAGAAAUUGGUCGUAUUGGUGGGUUUCGGCACAUACAAAAGCGAAGAGGAACUCGCAGCAGGCGGGUACACACAGUCCGACUUGGCAGGUUAUCCGGAUGAGACGAGCUCCUGGCCCUCCGUCUCGAACGAUGACGUUACAGCGCUAGGAAGGAUAAGCGUGUCCUCUGCAGUCACCACUUUUAUCGCAACAGGAGGGACGACUGCGAUGGAAUACCCCAAAGGCAAGGUCUCCAACAUUAUUUUAUCUUCGAAUGUGAUUUCGUCCGCGACGUCAGUGACCACAGUAGGGCUCACAAAUCUCGCUCUCAAGAACCAGAUCGACACAUUACCGGCGUUCGUUCCGGCGUCGGUGGAGUCUCUAGACCUCAGCAACACUCUUCUCUCGACCUUCCCCGCGAAGCUGAGCUCUCUACAAGUAUUGAAGGAACUAGUUCUGGACAACAACUACGUCACGUCAGUGGACGCUACCAAUGGAAUUGACUCCAUCACAACACUGAGCAUGCAGAACAAUAACCUCGCCAACUUCUCGGCGGUUUUCUCAAAAGUGGAGAAAUUGUACCUCGGUGGCAACAACUUGACUAGUAUUCCCAGCGCUGUCUACAGUUAUUCCAGUCUGAAGACACUAAAUUUGACCGGAAACCCACUAGCAUCUCGAGAGUUCACCAGUAAACAGGCGAACUUCUUAAACAGUCUCGAGACUCUAGGUCUCUCCACCUCCGACUUUAGUACUGAUUUGGAUUGCUCACGAGAGGGCAAAAUCGUCAAUGUGCCCGUGUGUAUUACCGACGAUGGCUCAUUGACAACAAGUGCUACGACCAAUGGCGGUACCGUCUCGUCCAGCUCAGCUGCCUCUGAUGGCUCAACUACAACGACGACGACCGAAUCGUCCUCGUCUACAUCUUCAAUGAGCUGGAUUGUGGGGAUCGUCUGUGGCGUCUUUGUCGUGCUAUUCGCUGCAUUCAUUUUCGUGUUACAUCGACGAAAAGAACACAAGAAAAUGGACGUUUCUAUCGCCAGUGACACUGUUGGAUAUAGUGACCAUUACUCCUCUACAAAUAAUUGGCAUCAAUUGUUACAGUCUCGUGGCCGAGGGUCAUCUUUUGAGGACAUUCCGAUGGUAAGACUCUCAAGUGACGUGUCUAUGGGCAUCCCGACGUUGACAAAUGAACAGCAUGAGAUGGACAACACCGAGGUGGCUGUGGUUGACGCCACUGCUGUCUCCAGUAUCCCUUCCUUUGUCUCGACGGAAGAGGCAGUUUCAAAGGGUAAACCGCAGAGGUUUAUGUCGAUCUGGAACGAUCUCGAAUUACUCUCGUUACAGCUGCGUGCAUCUGCGAUUAAGGAUCUUAAACCACUUGGCAGUGGAGCUUACGCUACGGUUUGGUUAGUCCGCUACAGGAAUCUACAAUUACUAGCUUCAAAGCGUCUUCGACCCGAGAGACGGACCAAGAAACACACUGCAGCUUUCGUGGAAGAGAUCAAACUUAUCGCAAACUUCGAUCACCCGAAUCUGGUGAGGCUUAUCGGCGCUGCUUGGACUGUCGAAACAGAUCUACAAAUGCUGCUGGAAUACAUGGAAGGAGGUGAUCUCCGACGAUAUCUGGCAGAUUCCAACACGCCAAGUGGCUGGACGACUACGAAGUUUAAUAUCGCUAUUGAUGUCAUUGAAGCACUCGUGUACUUGCACUCCUUCACGCCGCCAUUGGUACACCGUGAUCUCAAGUCAAACAACGUGUUGUUAUCCUCAGACAUGGAAGCCAAGCUGAGUGACUUUGGUACGUCACGAUUCAGGUCGUCGGAUAAGACUAUGACUGGAGGUGUUGGCACGGGUCGAUGGCUGGCCCCUGAGGUUAUUCGAGGCGACUCCGAUUACGGCCCAGCUGCUGAUAUUUACAGCUUUGGUACGCUGCUUACGGAACUGGACACGAACCAGAUCCCGUACGAUAACGUUCGUGCUUCAAACGGCAAGAUCAUGUCGGACUUGACUAUUCUUCACCGAGUAGCGACGGGAAAACUGCACCCCAAAGUACGAGCAACGUGUGGAAAGGCUUUAAAAGACCUGGUGGAGCGAUGUCUACUUGAAGACCCGGCGGAACGACCGACUGCGCCUGCUAUUGCGUACGAACUGCGGGUGAUUCAACAAGAAAUGUAG